AUGAGCAGAAAGCGGCAGCUAACGAUGGAGGAGGCGUUUGGUGCUGGUGGUACCAUCAGAAGGUCGGUGGGUGAUGGCCAUGAGGAAGGUGGAGGUGAUCUGCCUCGGCCUUCAGUUGGCAAAAAGCCUGAGGCUACGGCUAAAGCUAAGUCUAAACAUCUGGCCGUUGGCGGGAGUCCUUGCCGCGCACGUCGCUCCAGAGCCGCCGCACGCAGUUCCAGUGGUCCACGUCGGUCCAGAGAAAGUUCCUCGUCGGAUACAGGCUCUUCAGAGCUAUGGGAACCUGAAGCUGACCCAAACAGCAGUGACUCAUCCCCCGAUUCCCCCAGAGCAACCGGCAGAGCAGUAAGCAGAGUGCUGGGCCAAUCCAGGAGUACUAAUGCUGGUAAAAGGAGGCCUACAGGCGCUACAUUGAGCAGAGGCGCUGCCAGCGUGAGUGCUGCAAAUACAGGUGUGAAGAAAAGAGUUGCAAAGGGUAAAGGCGGCACCUGGCGGAAAUCCGGAUGGAAACCCACUGUGUUCCCCUUCACUGCAACGCCUGGUCCCCUGAACGCGGCAGCAGAGCUGGAGUCCACCUCGCCUGCUGACUUCCUGGAGCUAGCCAGGAACGGGAACCGGGAAUACAAAACCCUCUUGGAAUUCAUGCAGGGGGUCAUGAGGUCCUGGACAUUGAAGGUCCAGGAGGAGGACAUCGAGGACGAGGACGAGGAGGACAUCGAGGACGAGGAGGACAUCGAGGACGAGGAGGACAUCGAGGACGAGGAGGACAUCGAGGACGAGGCGGACAUCGAGGACGAGGAGGACAUUGAGGACGAGGAGGACCACAACGAGGAGAACGAUGACAAAUUCCUCCAAGAAUAUGCAAGGCUUCAGAGGCUGCGAGGACAACAGACGUGCUGUUCAGACAUGAAAGAGAUGAUCCUGCUUCUGCUCAAUUAUUUUGAUGAGAAGGAGGAGUCUAUGUUCAAUUAUGUAGACGAUACACGUCUGGCUGAAGUCCAGCUGGAACAACUGCCAUUGACACCAGCCGUUGUUGUCUGUGGGCAGUCCUGCUAUUCAGCCACUAGGUACAUGCUGAGUGUAGACCGGGAGAUCACAAAUGGAACCAUCUCUUCAUUCAUAUCUGCUCUGUGCCUCAUGUUUGGGAGCUUCUACUGCUUCAAUAUACACUAUCCGUCUGGACUGGGUUCCACUCUUGAGUUUCUUCAAAGAUGCUUCUUCUCCAUAAAUCCUGAAAAAGGAACCAAAGUGGGGAAUAACAAGAGACAUCUCAACAUGAACCCCCGAGUACUCCCCCUUAUACAGGAACUUUCUGACCAUGAGUGGCGUUAA